UUCUGCUAAAUUCUUAUCUACAAAGCAUAAGAGGUCCUAUUUCAAGGCGUAUUUUUAAUUGCUUGCCAUGGUGAUGACUUGGUUGGUGCAUUACUCAACCCUCAAGAAAAAUUCCAAUUUUAUCAUCACUAAAAUCUUUUAAAAAAAAAAAUCCAAAUGCCAAAGCCUAUAAUUUUAUAACACAUCAUCACCAAUACUCCAUAUAAAUUGACUAAACCCAAAUUGGCUUGUUGCUUCACUCGCUAGCUUCGUUUCAGGCCAUGGAGUUUUCUGAUGCAAAAAACUAUCCAUACAACACCUCCAAACACCUUCUCUUCUUUGUCCUUACCUUAAUUUUCAUCACUUACAUCCCCUUGUGUCUGCUCGAGAAUUCGUGGGCGCCGUUACUGCUGUCUCCGAAGCUUAAUUCCAGCGAGUCAAGAAGCAUAGAAAUGGAAAAGAAAUGUGAUAUAUUUUCAGGAAGAUGGGUUCCAUACCCAGAAGGGCCUUAUUAUACAAACACAACCUGCAAUCUCAUCAUUGACCAGCAGAACUGCAUGAAGUUUGGAAGGCCUGACACAGAAUUCACGAAAUGGAGGUGGAAACCAGAUGGAUGUGAGCUGCCUCUCUUCGACGCUGAGCAGUUCCUGAGGCUUGUCAGAGGAAAAUCAUUAGCAUUUGUUGGAGAUUCUGUGGGAAGAAAUCAAAUGCAAUCAUUGUUGUGUCUCUUAUCUGGUGUGGCAUAUGGUGAGGAUCUUUCUCAAAACUUUACAUCAGACACAAUAAAUUUCAAGAAAUGGUUCUAUCCAGACUACAAUUUCACCAUGGCAAACCUAUGGUCUCCUUUCCUGGUUAAAUCCAGAGAAGCAGACCCAAGUAGAUAUUCCAUGAACAGCCUCAUGAGCCUCUACUUGGAUGAAGCUGAUGAGGCAUGGACAAGUAAAGUCGAAGACUUCGAUUAUGUGAUCAUUUCAGCCGGACAAUGGUUCUUUCGCCCUCUUAUAUACCAACAAAAUGGUAGUGUUAUUGGGUGUCAUAUCUGCAAUAUAGAGAAUAUUACAGCACUUACGGUGUAUCGUGGAUAUAGGAUGGCAUUUCGAACUGCCUUUAAAGCCAUUCAGAGCCUGAAAAACUACAAAGGAAUCACAUUUCUGAGGACAUAUUCGCCUUCUCACUUUGAAAAUGGAGACUGGAAUAACGGUGGAAACUGUGUUAGGACUAAACCGUUUACAAAAGAAGAACUUAAGGAUGUUUGGUAUAGCAUGGAGAUGUACCGGACACAAGUCGACGAGUUUAGGACAACAGAGGCAGAAGGGAAGAAGAAAGGGCUCAAGUUUCAAUUGCUUUCUACUACUGAAGCUAUGUUGAUGAGACCAGAUGGGCAUCCGAAUCAUUUCGGACGCUCACCACAUAAGAAUGUUACAGUCAAUGACUGUGUUCACUGGUGCUUGCCAGGUCCGGUUGAUACAUGGAAUGAGUUUUUGCUUUACAUUUUGAAAAAGGAAGAACAGAGUCGGUAACAGAGGAGAGUAAUGAAAAAUGGCAGACGAACAUAUUAUUAAUUAAUUUUUUUUUUUAUGUAAGAUCAUAUUUUCAUAUCGUACAACACUUAAAAGAAAAUAGUGAUACUGGAUUGUAUACAGGAAUCACAUAUACUUUUUUGUUUUGGUAAAUGGGAAUCAUAUACUUACAUGUUCA